GUUACUAAUUUAACUUGUGGGAGUUGACUCCAACUUUUAAAACUAAAAAUGUUGUUAUUACACAUUUUUAAAUUAUUAAUUUUUACCCAUCCAAUUUGCGGUUUUGUAUUCAACGGUCGAUUUAGACAUUUAGUAAAAGAAGUGACUUCUAUAUUUCUUGGAACUCCUACACAUGAAACUCGAUGGUUGGAACAGAAGCUCGACCAUUUUGAUGAGAAAGAAAAUCGUACAUGGAAUAUGCGAUAUUUUAAAAGAAACGAUCUUUGGAGACCAAACGGUCCAGUAAUAUUAUUUAUCGGUGGUGAAUCCGAGGCAUCGCCCGGUUUUCUAUACGGAGGUAUGGCGUAUGAGUUGGCUAAGGAAACGAAUGGUGUUAUUUUUGCAUCGGAACACAGAUAUUAUGGAAAAAGUGUACCUCUACAAUUUACUGGUGUCGAUGAUUUUAAAUAUUUAAGCGCAAAGCAAUCUCUCGCUGACAACGCACACCUGAUACGUACAAUUAAAUUAAAUCCACUUUUUUCUAAGGCUAAAGUUGUUGUGAUUGGUGGUUCUUAUGCCGGUAAUUUGGCAGCUUGGAUGAGGUUGCUGUACCCAGAAUUGGUAGACGCGGCAGUAGCGAGUAGUGGACCAGUUUUAGCAAAGAAAGAUUUUUACGAGUAUCUAGAAAAGGUAAACGACGUUUAUGAACAAUACGGUACUAAUAACUGCUUAUCUAGAAUAAACGAUAAUUUUAAACGGUACGAAACUUUAUUUGAAACUGAACAUGGUAUCGAAAAGUUAAAGAAGGAAGAGAAUAUUUGUCCUGAAAGUGAUAUGAGUGUACCAGAAAACAAACAAUUGUUUUUCCUUUCCAAGGCGUCUGAUUUUAUGGGGAGAGUACAAUAUGGUCGCGCUAUCGAUAUUAAAAAUAACUGUGAAAAAAUGAAUGAAACCAAAGAGAAGUCUGAACUUUUAGACGAACCGAAUUUUUGGAGAGAAGAAAGUAAAUGUAACGACUAUGAUUUUAACAGAAUGGUUGAUAAUUAUUACAAAAAUAAAUCGGACUGGACCGCUUGUUGGACAUAUCAAACAUGUACCGAAUUUGGAUACUUCCAGAGUUCUACUUCUAAUAAGCAACCUUUUACGAACAAUAUACCGGUAGAUUUCUUUGUCAAGCUAUGCAUGAAAACUUUUGGUUCCGAAUUCAAUGACACUCGAAUUGAACAUGGUAUAGAAAGAGUGAACGCUAUGUAUGAAGGAUUACACCCGAAUGUAACAAAAGUAGUCUUUGUAAACGGUGACAUGGAUCCGUGGAGUAGGCUUGGAAUUUUAGAAGACGUAUCAUAUGACGCCCCAGCUAUAAUUAUUCCUCGUGCUUCUCAUUGUAGAGAUUUAGUUGCAAAUUAUAAAGAUAGCGAAGAUGAAUUAAAAGAAGCUAUAAAACACAUAAAAUACUUGAUUAAGAAAUGGAUAGGAGUGGGAGAAUUUAUCUGA